CAAAACGAGUAAAUGCGAUCACGAUAGCAACAGCAGCAGCAAAAAAGUGAACAAUUGUUAAACAACCAAAAAGCAAAACCAAUUAGAAAAAUAAACAUAGUGCAAAAAUACAACAAAAAGCGGAAAAAAAAACGCUGAAGCUGAAGCAGCAGCAGCAGAAGCAGGAGAGAAGAAAACGCAAAUCGUUGAAAACAAAAACAACUAAAACAAAAAGUUUAUCUAACUGUAAAAGCUGAGAGGAGGCCGCAUCGUGGGAGGCAAGGCAUUUCAGCAUUAAGCAUCCACUCGGAGAGCAGCAGAUAAAGACAGCAACACAGAGAAACAGACAGGCAGACAGAGAGUGAGAGAGAGAGAGAGAGAUAGCGAGAGAUAGCGAGAGAUCAGAAGAGUGUUCUAAUGACGGAGCAGGCAAGGCCGAACAAUCUAUGAGUGCAGCCCGGUCUUAAAGCAAUUAUAGGAUACACGGAACUACAUAUAUGCCAGGACACGCCACGGGCCAUCGAUCAGAUCCGUCGAACGGGAGCCGCCACACAAUUCGAACCGAUUCGCUUUGUUAAUCCACUCUCCGAGUGGCCGUUGUGGUUGCAGCAGCAACGACAGCCGCCCCACACUCGACGGUCCAUCCACACACACCGCAAUCCACAACAAAAAUCACUGUGAGAAUCUGUUGGGACCCAUAGGCGUCGCGCUGAACGGCCCCGGCCUAAGGGGCCAUGACGCGUUGGCCCUUUAAUCUACUACUCUUGCUGUCGGUGGCAGUGCGCGACUGUAGCAAUCAUCGCACCGUCCUCACAGUUGGCUAUCUGACGGCUCUCACUGGCGAGCUCAAGACGCGUCAGGGCUUGGCCAUAUCCGGUGCGCUGACGAUGGCCCUGGAUGAGGUCAACAAGGAUCCGAAUCUGCUGCCAAAUGUGACGCUCGACCUGCGCUGGAAUGACACCAAGGGUGAUACGGUAUUGGCCACCAAAGCCAUUACCGAAAUGAUAUGCGAUGGCAUUGCCACCAUAUUCGGGCCGGAGGGUCCUUGCUAUGUGGAGGCCAUCGUGUCGCAGAGUCGCAACAUUCCAAUGAUAUCCUAUAAAUGCGCAGAGUACCGUGCAUCCGCCAUACCGACGUUCGCCCGCACGGAACCGCCAGACACGCAGGUCGUCAAAUCGCUGCUCGCCUUGUUGCGCUACUAUGCCUGGAACAAGUUCUCCAUCCUCUACGAGGACGUGUGGGGCCCGGUGGCGGACUUGCUCAAGGAUCAGGCCACCAAGCGGAACAUGACGAUCAACCACAAGCAGUCGUUCAUCGACAAUCGGGCCAAAUGCUGCGAACUGGGGCUCGAUUGCUGUCGCUCCGGCUAUUGGUAUCAGCUGGUGCAGAAUACGAUGAACCGCACGAGGAUCUACGUGUUUCUGGGUGCCGCCAACAGCCUGGUGGACUUUAUGAGCUCCAUGGAGACGGCCGGACUGUUUGCGCGCGGCGAAUACAUGGUGAUCUUUGUGGACAUGAUGGUGUACUCGGAACGUGAGGCAGAGAAGUACUUGCGGAAAGUGGAUCAGAUCGAUCUCAUGUCGAACUGCCACAGCACCGAGAAGUUCAACCAGCUGGCACGCAGUCUGCUCGUCGUGGCCUCCACGCCGCCGACCAAGGGCUAUGAGAAGUUCACAGAACGCGUGCGGACCUACAGCUCGAUGCCGCCGUUCAACUUUGAGAUACCCAAACUGUUUUCCCAGAGUAAAUUUAGCAAGUUCAUAUCGAUCUAUGCCGCCUAUCUGUACGAUUCGGUGAAACUGUAUGCCUGGGCUGUGGACAAAAUGCUGCGCCAGGAGACGCGUGUGCUCACCGACGAGGUGAUCUUCGAUGUGGCCAGCAAUGGGACGCGUGUCAUCGAUACCAUCAUCAAGAAUCGUACUUAUAUGAGCGUCACUGGGUCCACGAUCAAGAUCGAUCGUUAUGGCGACUCGGAGGGGAACUUCUCAGUGCUGGCCUACAAGCCCCACAAAUGGAACAACUCGAACGGAGUGAUAUGCCACUACCACAUGGUGCCCGUGGCGUAUUUCCACCAAGGCGAAGAACUUCCAGAAUACAAACUGAUCAACGGCUCUAUAGACUGGCCCUCGGGCGGCGAGAAGCCCACGGAUGAGCCCAUGUGCGGGUUUGCCAACGAACUGUGCAAGAAGGACGACACACACUAUACCUCCACAGUGGCUGCCGUGGUGCUGGGGGUGCUGCUCUUUUGCUCUGGCGUGAUCACCAUGAGCAUCUAUCGCAAGUGGAAGAUUGAGCUGGAGAUCGAGGGUUUGCUGUGGAAGAUCGAUCCAAACGAAAUCAAGGGCUACUCCGGCAACGAAAUUGUCUCCUCGCCCAGCAAGGUCAGUUUGAUGAGUGCCCAGAGCUAUGGCUCACGCUGGACAAAUCAGUUUGUGACCUCCACGGGUCGCCUACGCGGCGCAGUGGUGCGCAUCAAAGAAUUGAAGUUCCCGCGCAAGCGGGACAUCUCCAGGGAGAUCAUGAAGGAGAUGCGUUUGCUGCGCGAGUUGCGACACGACAACAUCAACAGCUUCAUUGGCGCCUCUGUGGAGCCGACGCGCAUCCUGCUAGUCACCGAUUACUGCGCCAAGGGCAGUCUGUACGAUAUCAUCGAGAACGAAGACAUCAAAUUGGACGAUCUGUUCAUUGCCUCACUCAUCCAUGACCUCAUCAAGGGCAUGAUCUACAUCCACAAUUCCCAAUUGAUCUAUCAUGGCAAUCUCAAAUCCUCGAAUUGUGUGGUCACCUCGCGCUGGAUGCUGCAAGUCACCGACUUUGGGCUGCACGAGCUGCGCCAGUGCGCCGAGAACGAGUCGAUUGGGGAGCAUCAGCAUUACCGAAAUCAACUGUGGCGCGCACCGGAACUGCUGCGGAAUCAUAUCCAUGGCAGCCAAAAGGGCGAUGUCUAUGCGUUUGCCAUCAUCAUGUACGAGAUAUUUAGUCGUAAGGGUCCGUUCGGACAAACCAUUUUAGAACCAAAGGAUAUUGUGGACUUUGUUAAGAAGCUGCCGCUCAAUGGCCAGGAGCCGUUUCGGCCGGAGGUCGAGUCCAUAAUAGAGGCCGAAUCCUGUCCGGAUUAUGUGCUGGCCUGCAUCAAGGACUGCUGGGCCGAGGAGCCCGAAGAGCGGCCCGAAUUCAGUGCCAUACGAAAUCGCUUGAAGAAGAUGCGCGGCGGUAAAACCAAAAACAUCAUGGACCAAAUGAUGGAAAUGAUGGAGAAGUAUGCCAACAACCUGGAGGACAUUGUCACCGAGCGCACACGUCUGCUGUGCGAGGAGAAGCUCAAGACAGAGGAUCUGCUGCAUCGCAUGUUGCCCCAGUCGGUGGCCGAGAAGCUGACCAUGGGUCAGGGCGUUGAGCCGGUGUCCUAUGAUUUGGUAACGAUCUAUUUCAGCGACAUUGUCGGCUUCACGGCCAUGUCAGCGGAGAGCACACCGCUGCAGGUGGUUAACUUUCUGAAUGAUCUCUACACGGUGUUCGAUCGCAUCAUUCGCGGCUAUGAUGUGUACAAGGUGGAGACCAUAGGCGAUGCCUACAUGGUGGUCUCUGGUCUCCCCAUUAAGAAUGGGGAUCGUCAUGCGGGCGAGAUAGCUUCGAUGGCUCUGGAGCUGCUGCAGGCGGUGAAACAGCAUCGCAUCGCCCAUCGUCCGAACGAGACGCUGAAGCUGAGAAUCGGAAUGCAUACGGGCCCCGUGGUGGCCGGCGUCGUGGGCCUCACGAUGCCGAGGUACUGCCUCUUUGGCGACACCGUCAACACGGCCUCACGAAUGGAGAGCAAUGGCGAGGCGCUGAAGAUACACAUUUCCAACAAGUGUAAGCUGGCGCUGGACAAACUCGGAGGCGGCUACAUCACCGAGAAGCGUGGCCUGGUCAAUAUGAAGGGAAAGGGCGAUGUGAUCACCUGGUGGCUGACGGGGGCCAAUGAUAAUGCGAUACAGAAGAAGCCUGUGGACAUGAUGGACAUGCCGCCCCUGUUCUCCCGUCCGAGGAAGAGUCCGAAGCUGAAUUCCGACUCCAGGCAGCCAAGUAUUCAGGCCAUGCACUUCUGCGGGACAGGAUCGAGGCGUCAGAGCAGUGUGCCAAGGCCGGCGGAUGUCGAGUCCACGUACAGCCUGCAGGGAUCCGUGAGGGAGUCGCCGCGAGUCAGCAAGAGGGACAGGGACAGGGAGCGACCCGUCAAUGGACUGGGUGGAGCACACUUUGUGGGCGGAGCACUCCUGGAGUCGGCUCUGGCCUCGCUCAGCACGCUGAAUCAUUCCGAAACAAAUGAAACGAACUGUGAUAUGGAUGGAGGAGUAGGAGGAGCGAGUCUAGUACGCCAGCCGAACGCUCUGCACAAGCCCCUGGCCAUGGUGCGGCCCCACCGGAUCAUCAGUGCCGCCCAGCUGCCCCUCGGGGAGGACGACGACGCCGACGGCACCACCGUCUCCCAGAUGGACGUGGAGAUGCUCCUGAGGGAAUCUCGCUCCCUGGAUCCCAUGCCGUGGCAGCAUCUGCGCAAGCGGCACGAGAGGGUCAAGCUGCCACCCUCCAAGCUGUCCAAAAACAAUUCGCGAUCCCUGGACACGGGAGUGUCGCUGAUCAGCGGCAACCAGAACGGCGAUGCCGAGGGGAGCCAACUGGAGAUCGACGACGACAUGUCCGCCAACCCAGUGGAUGCCAACGAUAGCUACGACGAUGAGCUGGGCCUGCUCAUGCGACACGACAACGGCCAGCUGCCCACGCUCCGCUACUCCGGCAGCUUCCCCAAUGCCAAUGCCCACGCCCAUGGCCAGAUCAGCAUCGUUCCCACCGGCGGCAGCUCCAGCCGACGGCGCACCAGCAAUGUCUCCAGCGGCAGCUGUGCCAAGCAUCUGAACAACAACUGCAACGGCGGCAUGAAUAUCGAGGACGAUCUAGAGUCUCCCCUGCUGCAGCGCCAGGCCUCGCUCUCUGUGCCCCCCGAGGAAAUGUUGGCGCACAACAAGCGCUGGCACUCGCUGGAGCACAUGGAGCCGGGCGGUGCCGGGCACGGGAACAGUGUCAGCUAUGCGGCGGACAUCGAUGGCCCUGUCAGUGGCUUGGACAUCUUGGGCGGCUCCUCCAAUCAGCGUCCCAGAGGUGUAGGUGGCACAGGCGGCGGAGCCACCAAGCUGGGCAACUGGAUGGCCAAUUUCUUCAAGGGCAAUGGAGUGCGCAGCGGGGAGGCUAGGCGAGUGGGAAUCCUGCCCACCGGUGUGCAAGGAGUAAGAGCUGGAUUCACGGAUAUGACGGCAGCGGCAGCAGCCGGAGCCCGAGAUCGUGAGAGUAUAGUGUAGAGAGUAGGAUCUAAGAGGAUAGCAAGAUAGCAGGAUAGCAGAAUGGGAGGAUAGUAAGUUGGAGGUGAAAAAGUUACUCAGGAACCGUGUCGAGCAGGAAACGAUCGUCUUUUGGCUUAUUUCUUCGUUUUAUGUAUUGUAGUUUGUAUCGAUCGAACCGGUUUGUGUGUCUGUGUUUGGAGACUGGAGAUGAUCCAUUUACAUACAAACCUCUUUACCUCGAAAUCGCUGGAUUAUCUAAAGCUUGUCGAUGUGAAAUGGGAUUCAAAGUAUAUAUUUUUGUGUAAUUCUUGCAAUUUCGAGGAUUUAGAGGAAUGAUUAAGCAUUGCAUAUUGUAUACAUAUGUAUGUAUUUGAAAACUCUACCCUACAUAUAAAUAUUGGAGAAGCCGAAAAAACCGUCUAGUCACAAGGUCUUCAGACUAGUUAUUGUUUUAUAAUAUAUAUAAAUAUAUAUACUAUAUUAUACACACACCCACACAUCUAAAUGUACGUUUGUAAAUGUAACACAACACACAUAAACACACACACACACAUAUUUAUAUGAAGAAUCAAAAACAAAAACAAAUAUUUGAUGUAAAUGUAAUUGAAAAUGUUUGCUUUUCUAUACAAAAUGCGAUGCAGCUUAAUGGAAAACUAGUUAAUUUAUGUAUUUCGAAAAUCAAAAGAGGAAAAAUUAAUGUAUCAAUGUUUUUUUGCUAGUAUGUAAUUAAGUGCGUGUGAUUGUACGUAAUGUUUAAGUCCUUAACACUAAACGCAUAAUUUUAAUUAAUUAAUUAUGAACGAGAAUUGUGAGCAGAGUUGCGAAAAAAGGCCCGAUAUGAGGUGUUUUUAGCCUAAAUGUAUGUAUGUAUAUUUUUAAAAGAAAUUUGUUAAAUUUGCCAUAUAUAAAUACAAAGAAAACAAGAAAGGAA